CCGCCAGGCUCCGCCCCACCCCUCGCAGAGGCGGGACUUCCUCUAGUUCCCGGAAGGGGUGGGGCGGUGCUUCUCAAAACGGAGCUGGGGUGGAGGCGGAGGCAGAGGCGGAGGCGGUUUGAAAGAAUCUUAAGUGAAAAUGGUACGUGUUACAAGACGUGAAACAAGAUUGAAUUCUAAAACUCAAGUGCCUAAGCAAAAAUCUCAAGUUGAUUGGAGGCGGACCAAAAGAAAUAAUAUCUCACAAUUGUUUGAUAGUGAUGAUGAGAUUGAUAGUGAUGAGAGACUUGAUAGUGAUGAAGAGCUUUACAGCGAUGAAGAGAUUCAUAGUGAGGAAAGUAUGGACAAUAAGGAACAGUUUGAUUGUAAUAAGGAGCUUGAUGAUAAUAAAAUACAAGAAAAUGAAAGAGAGCUUAAAGUAAUUGAAGUUGAAUGUGGAGGAAGCAACAAUAAGCAACUCAUUAACAUUGGUAACAGCUCCACAUAUGAAGAGGAAAUAAACAAAACCAAUCAUGGGACUAUUUACUUACUAGAUCAUGAAAAAGAUGUUAGUCAGGAGGAGGGUAAUACCAACAAACACAUUGGACAAAUCAUGGAGGAAGAUUUAGGUCAUGCAAAAGAUGUUAGUCAGGAGGAGGGUAAUACCAACAAACACAUUGGACAAAUCAUGGAGGAAGAUUUAGGUCAUGAAAAAGAGCUUAGUCAGGAGGAGGAUGAUAUCAACAAACACACAGGACAAAUCAUGGAGGAAGAUUUAGAAGAAGAACAAAUCAAACGAGGCAAAAGAAAAAGAUUAUUUUCUGUAAUGUACGACAGUGAUGAAAGUGAUGACAGUGAUAUCUUAGUUAGACAAGUAGGUUUUAAACGUCUAUGUAGAGUGAUUGAAGAUGAGAGUUCUUCAGUGGAAAUGGAGCAGAGUAAUCCUGAAAAAUCGUUAGGUGCUCGAAAGCAAGAACAGCUUCAGAAGCUGAAGGAACUCUCCAAACAAAGAUCUCGCCAGAGAAGCAAUAGUGGUAGCGAUUUUGAGGACUCUGAAAAGCAAUCCUGCCCAAUUAGUGAUGAAGAUGAGGAGGAGGAGGACGAUUUUGAAUGUGAUGAAGAUAGAGAUGAUUAUAUUAUUGAUGACUUUGUAGUACGAGAUGAGGAGGAUGACGAAGAGAAUAAAAAUCAACAUGAAGAAAAAUUGACUACUUCACAACUAAAAUUAAUAAAACAGAAUUCUCUUUACUCUUUUAGUGACCAUUAUACUCACUUUGAAAGAGUGAUAAAGGCUCUUCUGAUCAAUGCUUUAGAUGACUCUUUUCUAAGAACAUUGUAUGAUGGUACCAGGCGAAAAUCAUAUGCACAAGAUAUGUUGACGUCUCUGCAUUAUUUGGAUAGUCGCUUUGUUCAGCCCCGACUGGAGAAUUUAUUUUCUAGGAGUCGUUGGAAAGAGCAAUAUAAGGAGCGAGUAGAAAGCUACUCUGAUAUAAGUAUCCAUCCGACGAAUCCUGCAAACUGUUCUUGCCAGGCUUGUGGAUUACAUCGCUACUGUAAAUAUUCAGUGCGCUUAUCAGGAAAGUUGUACAACAUCAGAACUAUGAAAACAGAUGACUUCAUGUCACAUGAUAAACAGGUGUUUUUUGUUGGCAGAACUUGUGCUAAUCGAACCAGAACUUACCAUCAGCUGAAACAUUUUAAAUUCAAGCUCUACCAAGAAUGUUGCUCCAUUGCAAAAACAGAAGAUGCUGAGAAUGAAGAGGUGAAAGAAACAGUGGAAAGAAUUUUCAGUCAGUCAAAACAAAGUGGCUGGAUUCAAAAGAAAUAUGAUCAACUUCAAGAAUAUCUCAAUCAUGCAGAUUACUUUCAAGAAGAGAAGUAUGAAUUGUAACACAUUUCCUUCAGAGAAGAUUUUACAAAUACCUUUAAAUGCGAAGAUCAUGAAUGAGUCUUAUUUCUCUUUAUCAUGUGGCAUAUUUUUAUAUAUUUUAAAUGUAUAUUCUUGGGAAAAUAUCUUGUUUAAAACCUGUGUUCAUCUAUAUUGCCAUGAAUCAACACUAUAAUCUAAUAAAAGUUAUAUUUAAAGAUGAAAGUUUUAACAGUUUUUAAGUCUAUAAAUGUAUUUUAAAGUUAUCAGUGUCUUUAAUAGAUGACUAUCAACUAAAUGAACUAUUCAUGUCUAUCAUUUUAUGCAAAACAUUGUAUUUUUAAACUGUAUUUAAAGAAUAGCUAUAUAUAUUUAUUAUUAGUCUCUCUUCAGGUAUGUUUAUUACCUCUGGUAGUAUUAAAGAUCUUCAUUAAUUAUGUUGGACUACUAUCAUCACAGAUCAGUGAGCCACAGAAUAAACUUUAGUGUAUCCUUCAGCUCAGUCGCCGUAUCUCAGAGCCGGACCUAGUUUAUCUAUUCUGAGUUGAGGAGUGCUUCAUUUCUUUUCAAAAGUUUCUUUGUAAAAAGAUUUCACAUCUCCAGUCUUUUCACCCUCACAUGCAAGAAAAAUUUCAUGCUAUAUAUUUCAUACUUUAUAAUAUUCUUUGUUUUUCUAUUCACUUUAUACUAUAUGUUGAUUGACAUAUGUUUUUUUAUUCAUAACUUUUACCACAUCUGUAUAUGUUAAAGUCUGAAGAUCUCAGAGGCAAACCAGCCCCAAACAUUUUAAAAACUGUAUUUUGGUAUCUGCAUUGCUUACACAUCUAGAAUUUCCCAUAAUACAAUAAAGUGUUACAAAAUAAACAAAUGCCCUCCCCCAUUCUAUAUCUUUAAUUCUUAAAAGUAAUAUUCUAGUAGGAUAUAUUCUGCUGUGAAAUUUGAGAAACUUUUAUUACUGGAAGUGUUGGUUGAACUUGGCUUCUAUUAUGUGAUUCAUGGUAUGAGCCUUAGUGUUUAUAUACAUGUAAGAAGCUGCACUUACUGAAGUCCUUAAGUAGACAUUUGCUAAUUCCUGAAGUUUAUUUCCUGCAGUUAUUAAUUUUUAAAGCUGGACAGGAAAAAACACAUGGUGAGAUUGCUCAUGUUUAAUGAGAAAUGCAUACAUUUUUCAAAAAUGUGAAAUAAGAUUUUUGGCACAUAUGUCACAUAUUUCUGGCAAAGAAAGAAAGAAUAUUUAACUAAAUUCCAGAGAAUAGAAAUGAAGUCAUAGUUAAAUGGUAAAGAUGAAGGGACCAUACCCCCCAAAAAGGAAAGCAGAUUUAGAAGAGUACUUGUAAUUAGGGUAGAAAGGUGAAAGAUGACAAAUGACUUGUAAAAAGGAACUCCUCACAAUGAAUAUAUUCCUUAUUUUAGGCAACUGUACAAAUAAGCAAAAUAAAAUGAAAGAUAAUGCUCUCUAAAGUAUCUCUGGUGACCAUGGUCACAUCACUUGUCACAUGUGAUGCAGCAGGCAAGCUUGAGAUAGCUGAAGAGGGAGAGUUUCAAUUGGAAAUUCGUUAAAAUGUACUUAGUAUUUUAAUGAAAAUCAUUAGUUUAUAAGAGUAAGGCACUAAUAACUCCAGGAACUUACGAUAAUAGCUGAUCCAGUUCCUAGGUCAAGCACUUUGUUGAUCUGACACACUUUUCCAAUUAGAAUAGUGAUUGUUGAUAACUAAAUGCUUAGAGAUAGUUUUUCUAAGUCAGGUUAUUGCAACCAAGCAUACUGUUUCAGUGGCUGUUUGGAAGAUAUAAGAGGCUUUUUUAGGAUUCUGGUAACACCAAAAGAGUGACAGACACAGAUUGCUAAGAAGUAAAAGUUGUCUUGGGUUAGGCCAUCAGUGCAAGUAGUUUAUAAGAAAAUGAAAAUGUUGAAAAAUAGUAUUAACCUUUACUGGUAUUGUUUGUAUGAUUUUAACACCAUCUUUGGUAUCAUUGAUCCAAUUAUAACACUAAAAAAUAGUUUGUAAGCUUAUAAAUCUUGCAUGAGUGAAUUUUUUGGAUCUGGGCAUUUAUUACUAUGAUGUUACUUUAGUGUUAGGUAGCUAUGUGUAACUGAGGCCAUGAGGAAGAUAAAAAAAUAAAAGUUAUGCUUGAAAGAAUUCAUUGAGUUAUGCAGAUGCUAUAAAAUGAGGAAGAAAGAAAUAUUUAUUUCAUAGGCAGUUGAAUGAAUUCACCAUACAGCAUUUCCUUAAUGGUCUCCUCCCUCAUCCAGGUGAGUAUUUCCAUCCACUGCUCACUCCUUGUGGGUAUUACAGGGCUCCUUAGACUCCAGGGUGCUGACCGAGGAUAGUAGUUGAGCUACGUAUGGGAUAGUUUGGUGUCUCUUUAAUUCCUUUCACACUUAACACUAAGGCACUAAGCCGAAUUGGAAGCCCUUGUCUGAUACUUCUUAGUAAUAUGAAUUGGAGCACAAAUAGUUUAAUUUUGAUAAACUUAAAUUUCCUCAUGGAUGAGGUUUACAAUAUCCCAUCUCUCCAGAUUGUGGAUUAAGGAUAAUCAUAUAUGUUUUGCACCUGGGCAAGUGACUUUUUAAAAUAAGUAGCAUAUGAUGUGAACAGAAAUAAGGAUGGCAGUUGAUAAUGUCACCUUGAAAUGGCUGAGGUGUAUGAGUAAAUGUGUAUGAAAGACACUCCAUAAAAAAAUGCACUCCAGAGUUACCCACACCUUAAGAUAUACCCAUGUAUAGCCCAGAAAUCAAGAUUUAUCACAAUGUAUAUAUGUUUUUAAUCAUCACAUACCUCAAAUAUAUAUAAUUUUAUAUUCCAAUGUCAUUUUGCUAUAAAUUUAUUUUUAUUUGUAUAUUUAGGGGUAACUGAUUUAAUAAGAUUUAUUAAUCAAAUGUAUUACAGAGAAAUAAACUGCAGUUUACCAUUAAAUACUGAUUUUUUUCUUUUAUCAAUAUGAUUGCUAAAUGUAAGAUACCUUAGUAGUAGAAAGAAGAUAGUGUCUAUUGAAUACAACUUCUUAAAAAUCAAAUAUGAAAUAGUCAAAACUCCUUGCUUUUUAGUAACUCUUUAUGACAACAUUCUCCAAAUUUUAUUUUUUUAUUUUAAAGAAAGUAAAAGCAGAUCAGAAGAAAACAAUACAAGUGACAGCAAGCAACUAGUGUAUUCUGCAAGACAACAGGAGAUCAACAGUGGCUAUCAUAAUGUCUCUUGUUUUCUUCUAAAUAGCUGUCUAUAUCUUCACAUGCAAUGAAUUCAAACAAAACAGAAUUGUAUCAAACUUAUCAAAACAAAAAUGAAAGCAUUACAGGCUGUUAAAACCAGACAAUAGGAAAAUUAACAGUGGCUGCCAUGAUGUCUCUUGUUCUCUUCAAAAUAGCUGUCCAUACCUUCAUGUAUGUUGAAAUUAAGCAAUACAAAACAGACUAAAACCAACCUAAAAGAAUAAAAGCAUUACUGGACUUCA